AUGGAACCGCAUUACUCGAACACUCCCGCUAAAACAAUCACCGCUAUCACCACCACUCCCGAUACCACCACCACCACCACUGCUAACACUAAAUUUCGCAACCCCCAGGAACAGCAACAACCCCAGCAAAAGGAAGAAGAUUACCUUCUUACACCAGGGCUCACUUCGUCAAGAUCAUCACUAAGCUCGACCACAUCUUCUCAUAGCUACAAAAGCAACGUACGAAGAGCACUUGAAGAAACCUCUCUAAAUUCGCAUCGCUCUAGUCUCAACAGUCUUAGCAAGUCGCGCUCGGAUAACGUCGCUGCUACUGUUACUCAGCAUCCUUAUAAAAGGAACCUGGACAAGUUAGAGCACAAGAAACGUUCAAGAGCUGCUAGAGGAAUUUCAGGACCUAUGGCCCCAUCACGAACGUUUUCUGCUUCAGCGGUUCAGCGAGACCUAGUACCCUACCACCAGUAUCGGGCAAGACAGAGGAGAGACGCCAGCAUGGAGGGAGAGUCCGUCUGGGAUGAAGAGUUGGAGGAAGCCUUCAUGGAAGGUUUGUUCAGCACCUUCCCUAUUUCCUUCGUUCAAAAAGGAUAUGAGUUAGUCUGGUCUUGGGCAUUCGACUAAUACAAUUUCCGGUGUUUAGCUAUUCAAAAGAUUCCCAAGAUUGGUCGGCGAAAGUUGUCGAUGGAGGGAAAGCCAUGCGGAAGAAACGAAUUGAUUGCAGACUACAUCUUCAAAGUCACUGGCAAACGGAGGACAAGGAAGCAAGUAUCAAGUCAUAUCCAAGUCUUAAAGAACCUACUACGGCACAACCCAGAUUGUAAGUCCAACCCUCGAGAUGGGUAUUCCGAAAGAGAACAGGGAUUAACAAUCAUGGGAUUAUUGGAUAGUUAUGAAGCACGUUACAACAGAGAACCAAUCUCCCGGAUGGGAUGCGGACUCCGGAGCUUGGGAUUCGAACAGUCCACCAGAUAUGAGAGAACUAAGUCCUGGUGUCCACACCUUUUCCAUCCCCCCUAGUCGCGCCCCGAGCUCCCACAGCAAUGCCACAGACAUAAGCCUGUUUGAUAGUCCACCAGAAUUCUUCACGCAAUUUUCAGAUGCGCCCAAGAUCAGACCGACUAACUUUGCAAUGUGGGUGGGAUCACCAUCCCGGGCUGGGGGAGUGGACGGAUGUUUCCACUCAUACACCCGACUCACCCAGGACGACGCAGUGCUGCCAGCAGCGCCUAUUACGUCGAUCCCCGAAUGGAGGGCGCGCUUUCCGCACGUUGCGGAUGUACUCAACUCCGAGUCAUUCGAGACCUGCCCGGUGUUACACUUCCAGGCCAGCGUCUCAGUCAUGUCUGAACUCCCCACGCAAUCAUCAAUCCUCUGCACAGAGUUCGAGGUAUUAUCGUCCGAUGGGAAUAUUGGCAGCAGCAGUAGCAACAGUAACAUCAACAGCUCAGCCUGCGACACGCACCACCCCCCAUAUCACCAUCACCACCGGCCAUCCCAGGAAUGGGAGUGCGUUACCCGCAUAUACGCACCUGGCAAGAAGGUAUGGGAGUUGUCACAUGCGGUGGAUGCUACUGCCGAGAUGGACGGUGGCAGAAAGCUUACCCUCCCAUUCGCCUCGGAUUUCUGGGCUGCAUUCUACACCGGACUUUCGUCCCCCUCCUCCUCGUCCGCAGCUGCACCCCCCCACCACCACCAACACCAAUUAGAUCGAGCCGCCACCGUCGACCAAAAUGAGAAGCUGCGCCGCAGACGGGCGAAAGAGUGCAGGGCCGCGAUUAAAGGUAUUACCGUCGUGCAGGAACUAUUCCGUCCUACGCCCACCACUACCACUUCAGCCCUAUCUAUUGCAGGGCCCCGGGAACGAGCGGCCUUAUUCCUCUGGGACUUCAGCAAAGCAGAGGCAGGCCAAGCGGGGAAGACCACUUGGCGGGAGCUUAUUCCCCCAAGUCCGGUCGUGAGCGCGGGUGUAUUGGCGGGUUCGCCAAACAGUAUGAGGGGAGAGACAAUACUUCCUAGCGAUGUAAACGCAGACAUGAAACCGAACGGGGGAAACGGGGGUGAAGGGGGAACAUGGGGAGUGAUACAGAUACCCCUGUCACCGUUCGAUCCGCUGUCACCAAUAUCCCUAUCCUCAUACUACACCCUGGCCUCCCAACCACCUUCUGCUACAAUCGCGCGCACGACCACUUCCGCGAGCACAUACUCUCCUAUGGUUUCUACCGCCGCUACAACCCAAGGCCAAUCCCAGGCCUUGUCUUUAGCUAUGGGCGACCUCAAUUUCGCUUUCGACAUGCACGCUCACCAUCACCAACCCUCCUCACUACCUCCUUUCCACACCGGCCUGCUCUCGUCCUCCGCUGCAACCGCCCUAUCGGACCCUUCUGAUUACUUCACUUCAUGGCCACAAGGGUUUUCUCCUAUAUCGGAUCAUGGCCAACUCCACGUAGUAUAG